AUUAUCACGCGGUCUACCCUGAACUCUGUUCGGGCAACCCCUGUUUUGAUGUGUUCUUGAGCUUCCGAGCUAGAAUGUCCAGCCUUUUAGUUUGAAAAAUGCUAUCAUCGCGUGAAUACGAUUAUAAUACUUAGGAGGAGGUUACGUUGGUAAUAGACCCGAACCAGCAGAAUGAGCGAUAAGAAGGCCACAGCUUCCAGCGGCAAGCGCAUUCUCAACAUCAACGUUGGCGUGCUUGGUCAUGUGGACUCGGGAAAAACCAGCCUCGUCGCGGCGCUGUCCACCCGGCUGUCCACGGCCGCGCUGGACAAGCACUUGCAGAGCAAGGAGCGCGGCAUCACCCUGGACCUGGGCUUCAGCGCUUUCACGGUGAGCUGAGUUGGCGGGAGGGCGAAGGGGGGGGCCGUAGAUACCAGCCCAAACUAAACUAGCGGAGCACAGGCAGGCGGGCGUUCCUCUUACAGUUUCCCCAUGGAAACAGGAGAGCAUAGGGGGAAGGGCUUUAGUAGGGAUCCCGAGGGCGCGGCGGUGUGUGGCUUGGCGGCUGGAGCCCGCAGACGUUGGGGUUCAGAGGCAGUGGGGGCCAGGAGGAUGCAGAGCGGCGGCGGUUGGGGCUCAUUGGGGGAUAGCUUCUCUCACCCUUUCCACCAAAGACACGAGGCCCGUGGGGGGAGGGGUGGGGUGUUUGGAGUUGGAGGCGGCGGGGGAGUGCAGCGCGCAGUCACGACACAGACUUGGCAGGCCGGCCAGCGCCACGUGCGCUCUCGCGUGUGGGUGCCGAAGCGGCCUGAGAGGAACGCGUGUG